UUUAAGAGAAACGACGGCGUGUGGUUGGAGAUGAAAUUCCAACAUGUAAAACCCUUAGUAGUAAUAGAGAGAAGAUUUGGUCUGCAAAACGCCGAAACACUUUGAUUUAAUUCUGCUUCGGUGAAAGUUUGAGAAUACGUACUAGUAAUCUUCAUCUUACCGACCCAAAUGAGAGGAACCUUUGGCAGAAACCUGUCUAACCCUAACUAUCACUACCUUACGUCUAUUGCCAAACGCACCUCUUUUCUCCUCCAAUGCUCCUCCUCAUCCCCUUUCUCCUCUUCCUCCAGCUCUGGCAGCGGCCGUGGCCGGGGCCGUGGCCGUGGGGGCGCCCCUCCUUCUGGUUCUUUCAUCGAUUUCACUUCGGCCCUGGGAAAAUUGGACUCAGAGAACUCAAAGCGCGACUCGACUGAAUCACCUGCCGUCGGAUUAGGCGGCGGCCGUGGAAGAGGAACACCCUUAUCCUCCGAACCCAUUCUUCCCUCUUUUUCCUCUUUUGUUUCCCAAACUGGGUCUGGUCGAGGCCGAGUCACCAAUGAGUCGGUGCCACCGAAAUCUCCGCCUCCAGGGCAACCAAAGCAGCCGAUAUUCAUCAAGAAAAAAGAUGAAAAUGAAACUGAUUCCUCCGCCAAGCCAGCCACUGAGUCGAUUCAGUUGAGUGAGCCCAUUGUCCCAUCUAACACACCCUCAGUCUCAGUUCUAUCAGGUGCUGGGCGUGGUAAGCCCGUGAAGCAACCAGAGCCUGCCUCGCAGAUGAAGGAAGAAAAUAGGCAUAUCCGGGUGACGCAGCAGCCCCCACUGAGCCAGGAACAAGCGGUGAAGAAAGCAAUGGGCAUACUUUCAAGGAGAAGUGAAAGUGAAGAAAGUGGGAUGGCAGGGAGAGGAGGAAGGGCGGGUAUGGAUAUGGGAAUGGGUAGAGGUAGAGGUAGAGGUAGAGGUAUGGGUAGGGGAAGAGGAAGAGGAAGAGGAAGAAGGCAGAGAGAAGACACAAGGACAGUAGAGGACUCCGAUGAAGAGUAUGGAGGCGGACUUUAUCUCGGGGACGGUGCGGAUGGGGAGAAAUUGGCUAAAACUAUUGGAGAUGACAAUAUGAAUAAGUUGGUUGAAGGGUACGAGGAGAUGAGCGAUAGAAUCUUGCCUUCUCCUAUUGACGAUGCUUACUUGGACGCUUUGCACACCAACUGUAUGAUAGAGUUUGAACCAGAAUAUUUGAUGGAAGAGUUUGGCACUAACCCAGAUAUCGAUGAGAAACCACCUAUGUCCCUUCAAGCUGCACUUGAGAAGGUGAAGCCUUUCCUCAUGGCAUAUGAAGGAAUUCAAAAUCAAGAAGAGUGGGAGGAAGCGGUCAAAGAAACGAUGGAGAAUGUACCUCUACUGCAAGAAAUUGUUGAUUACUACAGUGGACCUGAUAGGGUAACUGCAAAGAAACAACAAGAGGAGUUAGAAAGAGUUGCAAAAACCAUUCCCGAAAGUGCACCUGCUUCUGUGAAGCAGUUUGCAAACCGUGCAGUUCUCUCUCUUCAGGCGGUGGGGCUCAGCUUUUAAAAAGGGAGGGAAAGGGAUGGCCCAACCAUGAACAUCUCUACAAACAGGCAAACCAACUUAGACUCCAAGGAAAUCAAUCCCAAUUUCUAGAAGCGCCUUAGAAUAACCCAGAAUUGAUUAAAAAUCUUAUGUAAAUCGGAGUAGCAGUAGUAGACUAUCAUUUUUCCUCCAAAUUUAAGUGAGAAUUUUGGAUAUGAAAUCUUAAAUGGCUGAAAUAGAAAUUAUAAAACUUGUUGUAUCAAAAUUUCUAUUUCCAUGGCUUCUUCACGUGGGUCUUAUUACAGAUCUAUAUGUUGGCAUUGCAUCCUGGCAUUUCAUGAUUUUGUUGCUGUUAAGAUUAUGAUUAUUUGAUAGCUCAAGACUAUUUGUUCUCAAAUAUAAUUCUUUAUAAUACUACCCCACAAAAUACAAGCUAAAUGGAAACGGGGUUGUCUAUUGAAACACUCUUUCACUAAUAAACUAGCCUGUUUGUUAUAGAUUCAGGAACAACAUUAACAUUAUACUUGUUUCUCCUUUUGAGCUCUAUACGGUGAGGGUUGGAGGCUAUUAGUAUGUUAUGUAACUCUCAUAUACAUGAACCAAUUGAAGGUGUCCUUGUGGAGGUCUGAAGAUUUCCCAACUGCCAUUUAAUAGCCCCAUCAUAUCUUAAACUGAUAUUUUAUACUUUGUUUAGAGGUGGGAGGAUGUAGAUAUGAAGAUAAUGGAAGGUGUACGAGUGCUAUGGUGUAGAUAAAUAGCAUAUUGAUUGCUGACGUCAGCAAUUCCAUAUAAUUCUCUAUGAGCUUUUCAGCACUCCUGAUUAAUAGACAUUAUUUUUUAGUUGAGAUAUUGCAACCUUGAUAAGUUAAAAUUAUUUCUACAAUAUGAUGGACUUUAUAACUUUAUGCCAACACUUUGGUAGCUUUGAUGCUGUUAUUUGAAGCCCAUUCAACCAUUUGUUAUCAUGUUUUUCUAGCACUAGUUUCUUUAUCUAUGUUGAUAUGUAACUCGUAUUACUUAUAGUUUCAUGCACUUAAAGCUCCAAAUUUGCCACCCAUGUUGGAAUGGGUUCCAUUUUAAAAUUGUAAUAUUAAUUUGGUUUUAAAAUGCUCAAAAGUUAAUGGGUAAAAAACAAGUGUUUUUAGCGUCCUACUUAGAUUUUCUGUAGGUGUACUUGUCUAAUUUUAGUUACUAGUUAGAAAAUUU